AUGAGCCGACAUCCUACGGUGAAGUGGGCGCAAAGGUCAGAUAAGGUAUACAUCACAGUGGAAUUGCCAGACGCUGAAGAUGUAAAGCUUAAGCUAGAGCCUGAAGGAAAAUUCUUUUUCUCUGCUACGAGUGGAGCCAGCAAGACACAGUACGAGGUUGACCUUGAUCUGUUCGAUAACGUCGACGUGAAUGAGAGCAAGGCGAGUGUGAGCUCGAGAUGUGUAUGUUACUUGGUGAAGAAAGCUGAGAGCAAGUGGUGGAACAGGUUGAUUAAACAAGAAGGGAAACCUCCUGUGUACUUGAAAGUUGAUUGGGAUAAAUGGGUUGAUGAAGACGAAGAGAAAGGAGAGGAUAUGGACUUUGGAGAUUUCGAUUUCAAUAGUCUUAACAUGGGAGACGCUGAGGACAUUGGAGACGAAGAAGAGGAUAGUGAAAUGGAAGAUGAGACAAAAGAAGCAGAGGAGAUUGUAGAAGAAGCAAACGGAGAUAAAGUUGAAGAAGCAUUAGAUGUGAAGAAAGAUUGA